AUGACAAAUAAUAAAACUCCUCGAGUUGUUCUGGGUUGUGCAACAAUGGGUCCUCAAGGAACAACUUUCGCCAGAAUUACUACUGUAGAUGAAACACGAGAGAUGUUCAAAACUUUACAAUCAUAUGGUUAUACUGAGCUUGAUACGGCACGAUUAUAUAGUGAUGGCAAACAAGAAGCUUUUACACGAGAGACAGGUGUGCUUAACGAAGGAUUUAUUAUAGCUACAAAGGUAUAUCCAGUAGAAGCUGGUAUGCAUAAGCCAGAAAAAUUACGUCAAACGUUGGAAACAAGUCUAAAAGAAUUGGGCCAACAAUCGGUAGAAAUUUUUUACCUUCACGCUCCAGAUCGAAGUGUUCCAUAUGAAGAAACUCUUGAAGAAAUCAAUAAACUACAUGAAGAAGGUAAAUUCAAGAUCUUCGGACUGAGUAAUUAUGCUGCUUGGGAAGUGGCACAAAUUGCGGAAAUUUGCAUUUCUCAUAAAUGGAUUCGUCCAACAAUUUACCAAGGCAUGUACAAUGUUCUAACGCGUGCUUUAGAAGAAGAACUUGAGCCUUGUUGUCGACACUAUGGAAUUAAUAUUCUUGUCUACAAUCCACUAGCUGGAGGUGUUCUCUCUGGACGAUAUGCAUCAUCGUCGGAAGAUCCUAAAGAAGGUCGAUUUUCUGAGGCUCAUGGAAAGACAAUGGUAAAAACGUACCGUGAUCGAUAUUUUAAUGAGGCGUAUUUUGAGGCUAUUAACCAUCUUACACCAGUGAUUGAAAAAUAUAAUCUCACACUGCUUGAAACAGCAUUUCGAUGGCUUGUACAUCAUUCGAAACUACAUGCGUUCGAUGGUGACGGAAUUAUUAUUGGAGCGAGUAGUAUUGAACAAUUGAAGUCAAACUUAGAGAACUUAUCAAAAGGACCAUUGCCGGAUGAAGUCGUCCAAGCAUUAAAUGAUGCUUGCAAAAUUACUCGUGGCGUCGCACCGACAUAUUGGAGAUAA